AUGAGCUGGAAGAGGAUGGGCCUCGGGUCAGAGUGGCUCCUAGCGUUGGUGAAUCUGCUACUGCUGGGAAGGGGGGCUGUUGGGAAAGAAGAAGUUUCCUGUGGCGUGGCCCCACAGGCACGAAUCGUGGGGGGUAGCAAUGCCUCCCCAGGUCAGUGGCCAUGGCAGGUCAGCAUCAACUACAAUGGCGUCCAUGUAUGCGGUGGCUCUCUUGUAUCCAAACAAUGGGUGCUGACAGCUGCCCACUGCUUCCCAAGGGAGCACAGGCUGAAUGACUACGAGGUGAAGCUGGGGGCCCAUCAGCUCAGCACCUAUAACCCUGACAUAGUGGUUAAUACUGUAAGCAAGGUCUUCACCCAUCAUAACUAUGUGGAAGAGGGCUCCCAGGGUGACAUUGCUCUCCUUCAACUAAAGGAUCCGGUGACCUUCUCGAGGUCCAUCCGGCCUGUUUGCCUACCAGCAGCCAAUGUCUCCUUCCCCAAUGGCCUCCGCUGCACUGUCACAGGCUGGGGUAACACACACAGCUCAGUGAGUCUCCCUAAUCCCAAGAUCUUACAACAGCUGGAGGUCCCCUUAAUUAGCCGAGAGACCUGCAACUGUCUUUACAAUAUAAAGCCCGAUCCUGAGGAGCCACACAUCAUCCAGCCAGACAUGGUGUGUGCUGGCUUUGUACAAGGUGGCAAAGAUGCCUGCCAGGGAGAUUCUGGAGGGCCACUCUCUUGCCCUGUCGGGGGCCGCUGGUUCCUGGCUGGGGUUGUGAGCUGGGGAGAUGCCUGUGGGGCUCCCAACAGACCCGGAGUCUAUACUCUGACCUCCAGCUACGCUUCAUGGAUACACCAGAAGGUCUCAGAGAUUCAGCCACGCUACGUGCCCCUGACCCAAGAGUCCCAUUUGGACAUAAACCUUUGCAAAAAGGAUGUUGGCAAGAUCAUCUCGGCCUCAGCCGUCCUGGCUCCAAGCCUGCUCCUGUCCCUCGGCAUGUCAGUCUUUUACCACCUCCUGCUCUAGAACGCAGCGUAAUCACUACAGACUUUGCCUGGUUUUGCUGGAAGGCUUAGUCCCUUCUCCAUUCAUUGACUCCUGGAUAACUGACAUGCUCCUGAUUCCCCCCCAACCCUAGAGGACUGAGCCACUCCCUUCUCACUGGGACCUGAAGCUUCAGACUGUGGAAUUGAGGUCUACCUUUAAAACCAACUGUCCAUGUCUCGAACACUUACUAUUUGUGUGCCUUGGGGAUCAAU